UCGUUAUUGACUUUACGAUAGUGACAAAUAAAUUUGACAAAUCUGGAUAAAACAUUCAUUAGAUAUUGUUAUUUAUCAAGUGUACAAGUUAUAAACGCAUAAGUUCAAACAGUACAAUAAACAAAAUAAACGUAAAAUGAGCUCAGGUUUCAUAUCAGAAUCAGAAAUAUUAGAGGCGAGACGCCGGCGUCAAGAAGAAUGGGAAAAAGUCCGAACGGAAGAUCAACCAAAAGAGGCGCCUGAGGAAGCGUAUGACACCCGGCCUCUAUACCAACGACUGGAGGAACAGCGAAUGAAGAAAGAAGCUGAAUAUGAAGAGGCACACAAACUUAAGAAUAUGAUAAGAGGGUUAGAUGAUGAUGAAGUGGGCUUCUUAGACCUGGUUGAGAGAACUAAAGCGGAGGUCGCACAGCAGAUCAGCAUCGAAGAACAAAAAGAAAUGAAGGAAUUCAGAGAAAGAGUAUCGAGUCUGGCAGAGAGUGAAGAAUUGAGUCGUCUUAGGGCACAACUUGCUCCGACUAAGGCUCCACCCACACAACACAACAGAAACAAACUCGAAGGGGUGGUCGUAAGAAAACGGAAAGCGAGUGAAGUUGAAGACAGUGGUCCACCGACAAAGAACGGAGUUGUUAGCCACAGCCAAAGCGGUCAGCCAGAUUUGAAGAAUGGAAAUAACAAUUCGAGCAUCCCCAGCAAAUUGGGUGCCAUGAAAUGCAUCGGUGUCCUGCCGGGGCUAGGUUUCUAUGAAUCAUCAUCCAGCGAGGAGUCCAGCGAUGAAUCUGAUGAUAAUGACAAGUGUACUGACAAAAGAGAUCUGCUUGGACGAAGAUCAGAUCAAGCUGAUAAGAAAAAAGAUGAUGAUAAAAAUUAAUUUAUUGCAAUUAAAAUUGUGAGGCCCUCGGGCUAUAAAUAUAGGGAGUUGGGAGAGAUUUCAUUGUGUCUAUUAAAUAUAAGAUGUAA